AUGGGGACAGAGCAAAUAAGUGGCGGUGCUGAGGGUUGUGUUGUUGUUGGUGGUGAUGUUGGUGGUGGUGGUGGUGGUGGUGGUGGUGGUGGCGGCGGCGGCGGCGGUGGUGGUGGUGGUCGUCGUGGUCGUGGUCGUGGUGGUCGGGGUAGCGGACCUUCCUACCCGAGACAAGCACACUGCAUUCAUUAUUACUCACAUACAAGCUACGUUUCAGACUGA